UCCGCAACGGUGACGAAGAGAACAAACCAACGCGACACAAUACACCGCACCUGCGGCCGUGCCUAGUGCCCGCCGCUCCCUCUGCCCGCGUUUCUCCUCGCCUCCUCGUCCUCGCUCGCCUGCGCUCCUUCCCCUCCCGUCGCUCACUUCGCUCGUCUCAGAUCCAAACCCCCGUAUUAAAAAGCGCUCAAAGCCACCAAAACCCUAACCCUAAUCAUCCCAAUUCCCCAAUCCCCGUCCCUGCAAAACCCUAGCCCAGCCCCACCUACUCAUCCCUCUCGCCGCCGCCGCCAUGGCAGGCUCAUCCGGCGGCGCUGCUUCCUCCUCCCGUACCGUCCCCGAGAACCGAUUCUACAACCCUCCCCAUGUGCGCCGCCAGCAGCAGCAGCAGCAACAGCAGCAGCGGCUGCAGGGGCAGCGGUCCGCGUCCCCGUCGCUGUCCCCAUCGCCGUCUCCGCGGUCGGCGAGGCAGAAGCCGCCGCCACCACCGCCGGGGGCUAUCGCCGUGGCUGUGUCCGCGUCGGUGGAUGUAGACAGCCGGGUGGAUUCCGACGACUCCUCGUCGACGACGUCGUCGAAGCCGUCGGUGGCGUCCACGGCUGCAACGACGACUACCGCGGUUGAGGUGAAUGUGACCACGGCGGGUGCCACAGCGGCGGAGGAGGCUGGGAAUUUAGAGAGAUUUCUUACCUCCACGACGCCCUCGGUGCCCGCACAGUACUUGCCCAAGACAAGGCUAAGGUUGCGGCGAAGUGGUGAUGCUAUGGAUUCAAGGCCUUAUUUCUGCCUUGGAGAUCUUUGGGAAUCUUUCAGGGAAUGGAGUGCUUAUGGGGCUGGUGUUCCACUGGUGUUAAAUGGCAGAGACUCUGUGAUUCAGUAUUAUGUGCCGUAUCUUUCUGCUAUCCAGCUGUAUGCAGAUCCAUCUAGACCUGCUUCAAGGAACAGGCGUCUUGGGGAUGAAAGUGAUGGGGAAUCUAUGGAUACUAGCAGUGAAAGCAGCAUUGAAAAUGAUGUUGACCGGCUACGAGUCUCAGCAGUGGAAGCUACACAUCGGCUGGAAAAUGGUGGCCUACAAAGUGAUGAUGGUGAACCUGCUGCAUCUUCAAGUUUUCCAAUGUUUGAGUAUCUGGAGAAGGAUCCUCCGUAUGGUAGAGAACCGCUCACAGAUAAGGUAUCAACUCUUGCGGAUAGAUUUCCAGCUCUGAAGACAUUCAAAAGCUGUGAUCUGCUGCCAUCUAGCUGGAUGUCUGUUGCAUGGUACCCCAUAUAUAGAAUUCCAACAGGACCAACAUUGAAGGACCUUGAUGCCUGUUUUUUGACAUUCCAUUGUCUAGCAACACCUUGCAAGGAUUGUGACCCUUCUAUGCCAGCAUGCCCUGGCUUUGGGGGAAUCAACCGCUGCGCAAAUGCUACAGGGAAACUAUCUUUGCCUAUUUUUGGGCUGGCACCUUACAAAUUCCGUGCCUCCAUUUGGGCAUCUGAUGGAACCCAAGAGCGGGAGCGUGUCACCUUACUGAUGCAGGAGGCUGACAGCUGGCUACGCAGAAUACGAGUAGACCAUCCAGAUUUCCGGUUCUUCGCCUCCCAUUUCAACACAACGUGGAGAUGACUCCUGACUGUAAAUGGUUGUUAGUGUGAUGAACUUUUCGGCCUCUGAACUGAAUUGGCUUCUGCACAUCAAUCUAUGGCGCAUAGAGACAGAGUACCCUCUUGAAACGGGGGUUGUAUGAGUUAAAAGCCUGCAUGCUAACUCUUCUUGUCUCCAAUAAGUUAUCUGUUGUAGGUAUCUUUGUGGGAAAGUAAGGAUGGAUGGGUAGAAAAGCAGAAUUGGAGACUUGAACCGAAAGAAACAAAGGAGGAAAACAAAUAAAGAUUUUCCAUUAGAGCUGGAA